GCAUAGGCGUAGGAAACUAAUUUCACUCAUUUUUAGGUUAUAUUUUGCGGUUGGAAGAAAAGUCUAUUAUACUUAUAAGCAAAAAUUUAUUAUAUAGCAACAUUUUGCCAUAUACAUAUGGCCAUAUACAUCUCGUUUUUAGUUUAUCAUUAUUAUUAAAUAGCAUUUCAAUGAAUGCAUUCUCCGAGAAAAUGUGUAAAUGCAUCAAAAUUAAACAAUACAACAACGUAUAGGUUAUAAUGAUUGUGUUUAAUUAUCACGUGAUUUAAUUACGCAGUGAUUAAAGUUUUAUCUCCUAUUUUCGCCAAUGCAGCAAAAAAACGAUAAAAUGGUUAUCGCGACAGAAGAUUGCUCAGAAAUUAAAAACGCCUCGCAAGAAAAUGCUGCUCUGCAAAACGAAAUUUUGAAUCAUGUAUCACAUUCCAGAGCUAUUUUUAAAUGCCAGCAUAAAGACGAGCCUGAAUUAUCCUUCGAGGAAAAAAAGAGCAUCGCCUUAAAUCUCCUCGAGAAAAGUCCUCCCCAGUUUCUCGCAAGAUUUGGUAAUUUUCUCAAACUAGAAUACCUCUCCUACUUCAGGAAUAUCAGCAACGACUAUGAAAUUUCAUUUUAUCUGAAAAGACUCCAAAGGUAUUUCGACAGAGAGCAGAGACAGGUCGACGUGAAAAAUAGAAGAUACGAAGCUUUGAAAUCGCUCGUGGAAAAGGGGGAAUAUUUUAGCGAAACUGAAAUGAUGAAGCGAAAUCCAUUGCUUUAUGAUCAGUUAGUUGGGAGGUAUUUAACCGAGGAAGAGAAGAAAGCGAGGGAUAAUAUAGAUACUCAAAAUAUCACUUUUGUCAAUUUAUUAAUGGAGAGUAUUGAAAGAGACAUGGUCAGAAAUUUUAAACAGGGCCAGCAAGAUGCCGAGGAUGAAAUUGACGUGGAAUGCGAUUCUGACGAAGAAGGAAGUAAAUGCGAGAGGAAAAUGGAAAAUGAGGUAGAAGAUGAUAACGAGGAGGAAUUUGAUUCCGACGAGGACAGUGAGGGAGAAAAUAGUUCCAUAAAAAAAGAUAAAACCCCGGAAAGAACGAAUUUGGAGGAGAAACAAGAGAAAUUUCAGGAGAAUAAGAGUGUGAAUAAAAAUUGGGGUGAAAUUUCUCAUCUGAAGGAUACUUAUGAGUCAGAGAAACACGAAAAACAGCAGAGAGAUUUGUUCUGGUAUCAAAUUCCUAGUAAUGAACAGAGAAUGUUGAAACAAGAGUUUGUUUCGUAUAUGUACCAAAGUUUCAUGGAUGGCAGGGAUCUAGAUUUUGAUUACAGUGCCAUAGAUGAUAACGAGGCUUACGAUAAUGUGGAAGAGAGAGCUCAAGACGAAGAAGAGAAAUAUUUCGAUUCCGAAUCGCCUGAAACUAUUGUUCCGGAAAAAGUGUCGAUGGAAGAUGAAUCUGAGGAUGAACUGGAGGCUUAUAUGAAAACUCUAAAGCCUUCGACACCGUCGAUGACAGGACUCGAGGAACAGGAAAAGCUGCUCGAGGAUGCCAGCAGUGUCGUCAAAGUGCAGGCUUUUGAAAUGAAACACAAUUUGGAUAAAUCCAAACUCAUGGAUGCUUUGAAACACGCAUCCACGAUGUUGGGAGAACUGCGCACCUCGUUGUUGAGUCCAAAAAGUUACUACGAACUUUAUAUGGCAAUCACAGACGAGCUCCGACACUUGGAACUUUUUUUACUGGACGAAUUUCAAAAAGGAAGGAAAGUCACUGAUUUGUACGAAUUGGUGCAAUAUGCUGGCAAUAUUGUACCGAGACUUUACUUGCUAAUCACAGUUGGAUUAGUUUACAUCAAAACAAAUCCAUGCCUCAAAAGGGAUCUUUUACGAGAUCUUGUCGAAAUGUGUCGAGGGGUUCAGCACCCCUUGAGAGGACUUUUUUUAAGAAACUAUUUGUUACAAUGCACGAGAAAUAUAUUACCAGAUUCUCCAGAAGGAGACGAUGAAGAAGGAACUGUACGUGAUAGCAUCGAUUUUGUGUUGAUGAAUUUCGCGGAAAUGAAUAAAUUAUGGGUGCGAAUGCAACAUCAGGGUCACAGUCGUGACAAGGACAGACGAGAACGAGAAAGGGAGGAAUUGAGAAUUUUGGUCGGGACGAAUCUCGUUCGACUCAGCCAAUUAGAAUCCGUCACAUUGGAUAUAUACAAAAGGCUGGUACUGCCAGGGAUUUUGGAACAAGUCGUUAGUUGCAGAGACGCGAUAGCUCAGGAAUAUCUCAUGGAGUGUAUAAUUCAGGUCUUCCCGGAUGAAUUUCACUUACAAACGUUGAACGCCUUUCUAAAAUCUUGCGCAGAACUGGAAAAGGGCGUAAAUGUGAAAAAUAUCAUCAUUUCUCUCAUAGACCGUCUCGCGGCUUUCAGUCAAAGGUCAGAAGGAGUUGGUGGUCCAGGAAGUCCGAGUCAAAUACCAGGAAUUCCUCAGGACGUCAAACUCUUUGACGUAUUUAGCGAUCAAAUUGCUACCAUUAUUCAGAAUCGGCAAGACAUGCCGCCGGAAGAUAUUGUUUCGCUCCAAGUGGCUUUGAUUAAUCUAGCACACAAAUGUUAUCCGGAUAGAGUGGAUUAUGUGGAUAAAGUACUGCACACAACUGUUCAAAUUUUCCAGAAAUUGAACGUUGAAAAAUUAGAAUAUAACAGUGCAGUUUCGAGAGAACUCGCAAGGCUCAUAAAAAUUCCAGUUGACAAUUACAAGAACCUCUUAGUUGUUCUGCAACUCGAGAAUUUUGCGCCAUUGCUAGAAUAUUUUGAUUACGAGGGAAGAAAAAUGUUGGCGAUAUACGUGAUAACAAAUAUUCUUGAAAAUGAGACGUUGAUUCCCACUCAGGAGCAAGUGGAUGCUGUUCUUUCUAUUGUCGCUCCAUUGGUUCAGGAUCAGCCAGAUCAACCAAAUGUUGAAGAAGACCCGGAAGAUUUUGCCGAGGAACAAGGAUUGCUCGGAAGAUUGAUUCAUCAUUUUAAAUCCGAAACUGCUGAUCAACAGUACAUGAUUUUGAGCGCAGCAAGAAAGCAUUUCAGUGCUGGUGGAAAUAAAAGGAUAAAAUAUACUCUUCCCCCAAUUGUCUUCCAAGCGUAUCAACUCGCUUUCACCUACAAAAGUUUAAAAGAAGAGGACGAAAUGUGGCAGAAAAAGUGUCAGAAGAUCUUCCAGUUUUGCCACACGACAAUUACAGCAUUAAUGAAAGCAGAACUCGCCGAAUUGCCCCUGAGACUCUUUCUCCAAGGAGCAAUCGCGAUAGGAGAAAUUCGUUUCGACAACUUUGAAAUGGUGGCCUACGAAUUUAUGAGUCAGGCUUUUUCGAUUUAUGAGGACGAAAUUAGCGACUCGAAGGCUCAAUUAGCAGCUAUUACUUUGAUAAUUGCCACCUUCGAACAGAUGAGUUGCUUCGGGGAGGAAAAUGCAGAACCUGUGAGAAAUCAGUGCGCUCUUUAUGCAAGCAAACUUUUGAGGAAACCUGACCAAUGUCGAGGAGUCGCUACCUGUUCUCAUAUAUUCUGGUCGGGUAAAUCCUUGGCAACUGGUGGAAAAGAGAUGCAAGAUGGAAAUAAAGUAUUAGAUUGUUUGAAGAAAGGUAUACGAAUAGCGAGCCAGUGUAUGGACAUUUCUGUCCAAGUUCAACUCUAUGUCGAGCUGCUGAACCAUUAUAUUUAUUUUUACGAGAAGGGAAAUACAGCCGUAACCGUCCAAAUUCUGAAUCAAGUUAUCGCCAAAAUCAGAGAAGAACUUCCGAAUUUAGAAGUGAGCGAAGAAACCGAACAGAUUCAAAAGCAUUUGGCAAAUACGCUAGAACACUUGCGAAAUAGGAUGGAGUCGCCAGAAUCCGAAGGAUUGUCGUACGACGGUCUUGUUCUUUAAUUUGUGAACUUAUAAUUCGCGACUUGUAAUUUUGUAUAUAUUUCUUGUUCACAAAAAUUGGUCCUUUUGUCGCUUCCACAGCGCUUCGGCAAUUUGGGAAAGAUUUUGUGAUAGUUUUGACUGAGAUAGGAGAAAUGAAAAAUGAAGUGUCUUUGAUUUAAAACCGCAACGUCCGAGGUUGUUAAAUUUUUAUAGAAGAUGUCGAUUGUCUUCAGAAUUAUUUUCUUGUUAACCAUUGAAUGGAAUUCGAUCUUGCGGUUUUCAAAUCGAAUUAAUCAAUUUUUAAGAGGCUUCGAUGAGGUCAAUAUCAGUGUUGCUAUGUCGUCGUGAUUUUUCUACUGUUUUCAUUAUCCUCCGUUUAUAUUUUUAUGUAUCAAAAAUAUUGAGCAGAGCCGAUUUUUUGGAAAUGAAAAGUAGAUCGUUUGUAAUGUUUUAAGUGCGAUUGGUAUAAAUAUGUAUGAUACAUAGGCACUUUAUGUAUAUUAGGUUUAAUACGAUUAAAGUAAUAUUAUAAC